GUCCAUUUGAAAAUCCUCAGUACGGUCUCGCCGUGCCAAUCACCGCCUUGACCGCCGCCAUCCUCGUCCUCUCCCUCGUCCACCCGUGCUCGUCGCACCAGGUGUGUUCUUCCCCGCACCACUGUCGAAAUGGACUCGCGUUCCUCCUCUCCAAAGACUCCAGAUGUCGGACCAGACGAGCCCCGCCAUGUCACCAUUCACAACGAGCCCCCGUCUUGGUGUCUUGCAUUUCGCCCCUUACAGUCUAGAUCUAUUCCUGCCACCGCUCCUUGGGAUGGCGAAGGAAAUCGUGCCCCACUCGACAAGCACGACGUCGAGCGGAUUCUCGAGCUCAGCGACCUCAUAGACGAGCACGCAUACGACGACUCCCCACCUGGCUCAGGGGUAGAACAUUCUCCCUUGUUUUCGCACCCUCCUUCAGACCUCAACUGUUCAGAAACCACCGUGCCAACGGACAGCCUCUAUCCGUCGUCGCAGGCUUCGCCCCAACAGUCUGAGUAUCAUUUGCCGUCCCACUCGCAUCUCGUCUGCACUCCUAUCGUUCCUCCGCCGGCCAUGAGACCUCGCAAACGCGAAUCGAAUGCUGUCCCUCAUCCUGUCGUUUGUCCCCCCAGAGAAUCCUGUUAUAAUCUUUCCAUAUUAACUCCAAAUAUUCCGAAGUCUGGAACCAAGUCUCGCGUCGAGACUCAGAUUCGCGUCACCAUCGACCUCGUCUUCCCAAACUCACCAUCUGGCGACCCCUGCCAGUACGACCGGGUCGGCUCAUGGAAGUGGCUGAAAUUGCCUCCAGGGACGUCCACCAAAAGAAGGACACGCAGAGAAGGCAAAAUUGAUCCUUCCCCCAUGGACAUACUUCAUCUCACCACAUCUGUCACAUGUGCCUCAUCUCCAUAUAACCAAGUCCUAAGCUGCGGCAGUUGCAGAAACAGAGAGGCGAAGCGUGUUGCUCGUAAAUUGGCCGCGCGUGUUAGGCCGACUCGUUCUGAUUCUGACGGUGCUGGGAAUAGCAACGAACGCUUGAAAGGCGUCAAGGAAGAUACCACAAGCAUCAUCCAGUUCAACUGCCCGGAGGUACUCGACUUCUCGAGUGGAUCUGCAGUGCUUCCGGUACGGAUAACAUGUUACUGCAGACAUCAUCGUGAAAAAGUGGGCUUUAAUGUCCACUUCACCAUGAGGGACCACUCUGGCCGGCUCGUUGGCACUGGAAUCUCACCCCCAAUCAUGAUCACUGACGAUCACAAAUCCACCAUGAAGUCAGGGUCACGAGUUGGUGCUGUCGAUGGGGAAACACCGUGGUUCAACGCUGCAUCAAACGGGACGCCUUCGGACCUCGGCACGCCAUCCAAACGAAGCGUUGGCAAGACGAAGAAUAUCAAUAAGCGCGCUAAACCAUACGACGCAGCAAGCCGCAGCAAUAGCACGAGAUUCUCACGGGAGGCCAGUAUAGCCAGCUUGAGCUCUUCUGCGAAUUCUCCUUCUGUCCCCCGUACGCGGUCACCGACUCCCUUACCACUUUCCCAGUCUUUGUCUCCUGGCCAUAACCAAGGCACUCCGGUGGCUGAGGUAUCUUCCAUUACAGUCGACGGCGAGUCUCUUGCCAGUAGUUUCGGUAUUGCGGACGACCAUAUCAGUCCUCCUAUUCUUGAUAAAAGUCCCAUAGAAGUGUUCCCUCUGACUGACGGAGUCCCAAAUGGGCAGGCGACCCACUCAGUUGAUACCGCGUCUUCCCCUAUCCCACCAGCCCCUCCACCGACACACUUUUUCCCUCCGCUUGUCCCUCCACAGCCCAUGUCAUUCCUGUUUUUUGACCCUACUUCACCGCAGACCCUAGCGUCACUACCUGUGCCCAAAAUCCAUCGUCUGAUUCCCUCUUCAGGACCGACGUAUGGUGGCAUUGAAGUAACAGUGCUCGGAGAGAACUUUCACCCAGCGGUGCAGCUUAACUGCGUUUUCGGAGAUACUAUGGCAAGCUCAACACAACGUUGGAGCGACAAUACACUACUGUGCGUUCUUCCCCCUCGUGCCAGCCCCGGCGUGGUUGCUGUCUGGUUCGAAGGCAUUGAGAAGACUAGGGAGGUCUCCCCACCUCCGCUCUUUACGUACACAGAUGAGUCCGAUCGAACGUUGAUGGUGCUGGCUCUCCAAGUUGUAGGCUUGAAGAUGACGGGCAAAGUCGAAGACGCCAAAAAUGUUGCGCUGCGUAUCGUGGGCUCCACGGAAGACGUGCCCAGUAUGAAUUGCUCAAGCAACACGAUGCCGGCCGGUUCCACGGCUUACGACAUUUGCCCACUUUUACUCGUUCACUCGGAAGACAGGAACAAGUUCGAGAAUUCAAUCAUAGACUUGUUGUCGGUCGUCGAUGUCGCCAUAUCAGGACAGGCAGAGAUCUCUAUGUCGUCAGCAAUGUCUCAUGCAACACUAGAUGGCCAAACGCUUCUACAUUUGGCGGCUUUCCUCGGUUUCGCAGUCCUCACCGAGUUCCUUAUCGCCCAUGCCAUCGAUCUCGAUGCACGCGACCGCAAUGGAUACACGGCGCUGCAUUUCUCUGCGCUAUCGCGUUCCCAAAACUGUGCCACCUUGCUCGUAUCGGCCGGGGCCGACCUUGAAAUAGUCAAUGCCCUUGGGAAGACACCACAAGACAUCUCUCCGACCGGAUUCUUUGAUGAUGUCAUUCAAUGUGCCCAAAGCUCUGACAGCGACUCUGUAGUGUCACAAUCUGAAGAUGAUGGAGAAUCAAACUGGGCUGACGUGGAAACCGAUGAGGAGCCUUCUCUCCCCAUAAGGCGGAAACAGAGCGCUCUGUUUGUACGCCAGCGUUCAAACCGUCGAAACACCGAGGAUGUGUUACACGCUACUGAGACGACAGCAGCGCCUGUGGAAGACGCCAAGAUGAGGGAUGAGAGCGCUGAGGAUGAGAAACGGGCAGCCUCUUUUGUCAACCUCAUCCAAAGGACUUUUAUACCCAACAUCCCUCAGAUUCCACUGCUGCACCUCCCGGAGAUGCCUGCAGUACCUUGGGACGUGUUGCCCCAAAUUCCGAUGGUGUUCCAUGUUUUCGUGCCGAUGCCUGGCUGGCCAUCUUUCUUGAGCGAAAAGCGAGAAGGAUCCGAGCCAGCAGAUCUCUUCGAUAAACACGAAGAGGACACCGCGCGUCCGGUCGGUUACAGCGCAAUACGCACAGCACAAGAGCUUCGAGCAACGUGGGAGAAGUGGGUCACAACGACCGCUGCACUCCGUCAACAACCAGUGGAAGAGCCACCCCCUAAGUAUACUCCCAGAGAAUCGCCGGAAGCGAGCUCGCUAGAACUGGCACCGAACGUGCCACCCGAGGCGAAUUCUGAACCGGAUUCACGAGUUGGUACGACUCGGCCAGGUGGUACUGAACGUUCAUCUCGUCGGCGGAGCUACGAGGUUGCACCGGUGGGAACGCAGGAUGUCAAUUCGUUCGGUUAUGUACCCGCGAAGUCCCGCACCAAGCAAGCCAAGCAGAAACAUGACCGAAUGCUCGUUCUCUUUUGGCUUCCUAUUCUACUCAUGUCACUGCUUUGGGCCUUCCACAGUGGCAUUCGCUUCGCUUUGCAAACGUUGAAGACGACGCUCUUUGUGAAGGCUGGUGGUCGCAUGUGAACGCCCGUUGUCUCACCCGCCAAGCUUCGUAUCAGCUCGUUAUUUAUGGAGUCCGGAACAAUACUGCAUUUGUCGGACGCUAGAUCACCGCUGUGAUGUGCUGCAUAACACAUGAUUAUGGUAAAUCCCACUGUUGUAUCGUACUUAACAAGUAUAUGACACUAUGUCACCACGUUAUUUACACAUGUACAAUGACCAUUCGAAUUAGUGGAUAGAUCGGAAGAUUCACUGCCCCUACUUCCCUCGGUACUUGAGGAAGGAAGCUUGAAUCCCCUUUCCGG